GUGCAGGUCCGUAGCAGUGUGAACACAACAAUGUGUUUCCCAUUGAAGAAUAUUUUGUCGGUCCGGAACAGUACGUUCUGUGCCGGUCACUUUACGUAUAGUGUGAAUCAGCCUUUAACCGUCGGUGUGCGGUGUUAAAUUUUGCACACUUGACGCGCCACUCAAGAAUGUCAGCGCUUAACACACCGACAGACCUGUUUGAGAGACCCUGAGUAUAGGGAUGAGCUUGAGCAAGAUCUAGAGAGGGAGAAGGAGAGAGCGAGAGGAGGCUCCUCCCACUGACCUCCUGACGUCACCUAAUUGCGCAUGGCUGAGGCGUGAUAGGCAUCAUCGUGGAUGAGUGAGUGAUGACAGCCAUGACUAUCCCAGCCCACACUCCUCGAAGGCUGGAGAGGCUGGCAAAAGAAACUCUGGUGUACCUUGUAAUUAGGCGCUCCAUUCCUGCCUCUGUGUCAACCAUCACUUUACCACAAGACAUAGAGCACUGGAUACAUUAUAACCACCCUGGAAUGGAUAAAAUCAUCAUGGCUACAGAUACACAGUUUCCUGAGUGCCUGGCACAGAAGGAACUGCUUCUGAACCACAUGCUGGCUGUGAGGGAGUGGUGGGAAAAUAAUGUAAUGGUGGGUGGUCGGGUGGGUGUGUGGAGGUGUGUGCUGGAAUGCCUGGCCACAGAGCUGGAGUAUCUGGAUCAGUACUGCCUCUUCCCCCUCUUCAGGCUACUUAUGCAGCUAUUGUUUUCCAUUCGGGUCGGAAGGAAACCGGAUGAUAUGACCAACAGCGACCAACCUUCGAUACAGAUGGAACUGACCUUUCAGGCUUGUCCAGUCUUUGCAGAGGUUCUAAGGAGAUUGAAGCCCUUUGGUAUAGAAGAACUCUCAACACAAUUUAUCAUAUUUGGAAGUCAGGAACCUAUGCAAGUCAUACUGGAGAAUUCACCACACCUAAGAAAAGUUCAUUUCCGUAAGAAUAUCACUGAGGAAACCUUGAUAUGUGUGAGCAAGAACUGUCCUCUGGUAGAUACAUUUGUGGUAGAACAGCCUUUUGGCAGACUUUUUGUGCCAGUGGACUGUUUAUACAAGACAUUCUUCAGUGGACUGGACCGUGAUGAUGUUGAUGCUCUAGCUCGCACUGGUUCUUUUUCUGAACGUCAGGCUUGUCUGUCCUUCACCAGACUCAAGUUUGUUGACCUAGGAGCAGACAGUGACUGUCCCUUGAGCUUCAACAAAGGCUCUUUUUCUGAAUUCAUUUAUAACCUUAUGUUCUUUUAUCCAUCUUUGGAGAGUGUGACAUGCUAUAAAUUGAGACCUUUUGUCCCCAAGCCCCUCUCCAAGUUGCCCACUCAUCUACAGUCCCUCAAAUAUUCCUUACAGCAUUUGGACAUGGAAGGACUCAUGAUUUUGGUGCAGGAUAAAGCUGUCUUAGGAUCAGAAGAAUAUACUCUAGCCUCCUUUCCUAAUCUUCAGCAUAUUACCCUUUCUCAUGACCCUGACACAUAUCAUAGUGUCACAGAUUUUGCAAGAUUGUGGAUCCCAAAAUUUAAGUGUAAAGCUCUAACUAUCCAUACAUACUUUACUUUGCCUCAUGAGAGGGCUUUAGAUAAUUCAAUUUCUCCUUAUCAACUCCUCUUAAAUGCCAUAGGAGCAAAUCUCACUGUACUCCAACUUGACCUCCAUGCCAAACUGUGUGUAAGUGAGUUUUGUAACCUACUUUCUUCGUGUCCCUCCCUUGAGUUUCUGGGAGUUGUAAUGUCUGCAGAACACUUUGAAGAUGAAGCACCAGUUAACAUUCAAACUCUUCUUCAUCUGAAGUGCUUAACUGUAGCAGGUCCAAGUCUCCUUUCAUUUUCACACUACCAGCACACCCUGUUCAACAGACUAGUCCAGCGAAUGAUUAUGGCUGCUCCAGCCCUGUGUCGGCUGGAGCUUGUUGUUCAUCAUCGACCUCUUAUGUGGCUUAUGAGUUUGGCCCAGAAGAAGAUUCUAAAUGGCUUAGAGGUCUUUUUCCUUAACCUUAACCCUUUUGGACCAAGCACUGUGAGUGUCUCAUUUUAUGUUCAGCUGCUGGAUAUCCUGCCCAAUCUGAAAGUUUUCAUGAUGGGCCCAAUCUGUAGCCAGCUUCUCACAGACUUAAAACUAAUAUAUCGUACCACAGACCUUCAACUUGUAGCCAAAGAAACUGUCUACUCAAAUAAGUCAUGGCACUGAUUACACGUGUCUAAUAAGGAAAUUACUGAUUCUGCCAUUGGCAGUGUUUCUGACACUAAUGAGAACUUGCUACGCCUUGUUACCUCUGCCUCCUGAGACUGUUAUUGCUAUUGUUAUUGCAUAAACAGUUUUGGUAAUAGCAUACUCCCUGUUAUGCUCAGUAGGGAGGCUGGACAGUGAUGCUGUUGCCUCAGUAACUUCCUGUACCAACUUGGUCAAGUUGGGGUAUAAAAGUGUAAAGAGGCUAAUAGAAGGCAGUUAGAUAUUCUGUGAUACAAUACUUUAAGCUGUUUUGUUACUCUGGAUUUAAGCUGUUAUUUGUAAAGCUAGAUUUCUAUGAGAAUUAUAUGCAUAUUAAGGACUGUUCAAAACUUAUAUCAAAAUCUGAAAUUAAGAAAAGCAUCAUGUAAAGUUCAUACUGACAUACUAGAAUCCAGUAUACAUGUAUGAAACUGGAUGAUAAAGUUUUUGCAGAUUGUCUCGUCUCAAUUUUAGAAAGUCCCUAUUUAUAAGGGUCAGGGUAUCCACUGACUCCUUUUAGGGUUGCUUCUACUUGACCAAAGAGUGAGUUCAAUUUUGAGAGGACAAUAACACAUGAUGUCUGCUCCAAAUUGCAGAAAAUGGCCUUUUGAUGAAGAGCAUGUUAAUGUUGAAAUUGAUUUUCUUGAGAAAUCAAGUUUUCUAACAGUUUUAUUUUGGAAUUGGACAAAUCAUGCAAAGAAAGUCAUAAGAUAAGGAAAUUUUUAUAAGAAAAAAGUUGCAUCCCAACAGAUGAGAUCAACAAUAAAAUGUAAAAUUAAUUUUGGGUGUAAAUAGUCCGGAAAUAAACUUUAUUUUGGAUUGCUA